GUCAAGCCCGGCGGGCGACGGGUGCCUGCGGCGCGGUCCUCGCCCCCUCUGCGGGCGGAGCGGUGUCCGCCAGGCUCGGCGCCCCCAGGGGCUCCCGCGAUAGCCAGGGACGCGGGGGGCUGAAGCGAUCGCUCCUCUCGGCGGCCGCGGGGCAUCCCUGCCUCUGCCCCUGUCAGCACCUUGCUCUCUCUGCCUGCGGCUCCCCCAGCAGGGCGGGGGAGGGAGAAAAAGAUCGUGGGUUUUCUCCUGCCUCCCCCCCGCCAACCCCACAGCUGGGCAGCAUGGUGGAUCUGGAGAGCGAGGUGCCUCCUCUGCCUCCCAGGUAUCGGUUCCGGGAUCUGCUGCUGGGAGAUCAAGGCUGGCAGAACGACGACAGGGUACAAAUCGAAUUCUACAUGAAUGAAAAUACAUUUAAAGAGAGAUUAAAACUAUUCUUCAUCAAAAACCAAAGAUCAAGUCUUAGAAUACGACUGUUCAAUUUUUCUCUCAAGUUAUUAAGCUGUUUGUUAUAUAUAAUCCGAGUACUCCUGGAUGAUCCUACACAAGGAUAUACAUGCAAGGAAUUAAACUGGGGUUGUUCAAGUCAAAACUAUACACCUGAAAAUAUUAAUUGGUCUCCUAUUAUUUGGGUGAACAGAAGCUUGCCGUUGUGGGGGUUACAGGUUUCAGUGGCUUUAAUAAGUCUGUUUGAAACAAUGCUUCUGAGCUAUCUGAGCUACAAGGGAAACAUCUGGGAACAAAUAUUGCGAAUACCCUUCCUCCUGGAAAUAAUCAAUGCUGUUCCCUUCAUCAUCACGAUUUUCUGGCCUGCUCUAAGAAACCUAUUUAUACCUGUAUUCUUAAAUUGCUGGCUUGCCAAACAUGCUUUGGAGAAUAUGAUUAAUGAUCUUCACAGAGCCAUCCAACGUACACAGUCUGCAAUGUUUAACCAAGUUCUUAUUUUAAUAUCCACGCUACUAUGUCUUAUCUUCACCUGUAUUUGUGGAAUUCAGCAUCUGGAGCGAGCAGGAAACAAGCUGACUCUCUUUGACUCCCUUUAUUUCUGCAUAGUGACAUUUUCCACUGUGGGCUUUGGGGAUGUUACACCCAAGAUAUGGCCUUCAAAACUGCUGGUUGUCAUUAUGAUCUGUGUUGCCCUUGUGGUGUUACCCAUACAGUUUGAACAACUGGCUUAUUUGUGGAUGGAGAGGCAAAAGUCGGGUGGUAACUACAGUCGACACAGAGCUCAGACAGAGAAACAUGUUGUAUUGUGUGUUAGCUCUCUGAAGAUUGAUCUGCUUAUGGAUUUCUUAAAUGAGUUCUAUGCUCAUCCCAGACUACAGGAUUAUUAUGUGGUUAUUUUGUGUCCAACUGAGAUGGAUGCUCAGGUCCGAAGGGUGCUGCAAAUCCCAAUGUGGUCCCAGAGGGUUAUCUAUCUGCAAGGUUCAGCACUGAAAGAUCAAGACCUGUUGAGAGCUAAAAUGGAUGAUGCCGAAGCCUGUUUCAUUCUGAGUAGCCGGUGUGAGGUGGACAGGACAGCAGCUGAUCAUCAAACAAUUUUAAGAGCAUGGGCAGUUAAAGACUUUGCUCCAAAUUGUCCUUUGUAUGUCCAAAUACUAAAACCUGAAAAUAAAUUCCACAUCAAGUUUGCAGAUCAUGUUGUAUGUGAAGAGGAGUUCAAAUAUGCUAUGUUAGCUUUAAAUUGCAUAUGCCCAGCUACUUCCACACUGAUCACUCUGCUUGUUCAUACUUCUAGAGGACAAACAGCACCAUGGGAAGCUUUUAGACAACUAACUGGAACCAAGCAGACUUUAACCAGGGAGGGCCAGCAAUCUCCAGAACAGUGGCAGAAAAUGUAUGGCAGAUGCUCUGGUAAUGAAGUGUAUCAUAUUAACCUGGAGGAGAGUACAUUUUUUGCUGAGUAUGAGGGGAAAAGCUUCACAUAUGCUUCUUUCCAUGCACAUAAAAAGUUUGGGGUCUGUUUGAUUGGUGUUAGGAGAGAAGAUAACAAAAAUAUUUUGCUGAAUCCAGGCCCUCGAUACACAAUGAGCUCUACAGAUAUAUGUUUUUAUAUAAAUAUCACCAAAGAAGAAAAUUCUGCUUUUAAGAAGCAGGAAGAGAAUAGAAAAAACAAUGAAUCAAAGGCAUGCUAUCAUGGACCUUCUAGGUUACCAGUACACAGUAUAAUUGCCAGUAUGGGAACUGUGGCUAUAGAUCUACAGGAUACAGGCUGUAGGUCUUCCAGUGGGCCUACGCUAGCUCUUCCCUCAGAAGGAAGUAAAGGGGGAAGAAGACCUAGCAUAGCACCUGUCUUAGAGGUUGCAGACUCCUCUUCCCUUCAAACAUGUGACCUUUUAAGUGACCAGUCAGAAGAUGAAAUUACUCCAUCGGAUGAUGAAACUUCUGCAGGAUCAGAGUAUGCAAAAGGCUAUCCCCCUUACUCCCCUUAUAUUGGAAGUUCUCCCACAUUUUGCCAUCUGCUGCAUGAAAAAGUGCCAUUUUGUUGCCUCCGACUCGAUAAGGGGUGUCAGCAUAACUACUAUGAAGAUGCCAAAGCCUAUGGAUUCAAAAAUAAAUUGAUUAUUGUUGCAGCAGAAACAGCUGGAAAUGGCUUAUACAAUUUUAUUGUUCCACUCAGAGCCUAUUAUAGACCAAAGAAAGAACUCAAUCCCAUAGUGUUACUACUUGAUAACCCGCCAGAUAUGCAUUUUCUGGAUGCAAUCUGUUGGUUUCCAAUGGUUUACUACAUGGUGGGCUCUAUUGACAAUCUAGAUGAUUUGCUAAGAUGUGGGGUGACCUUUGCAGCCAAUAUGGUGGUUGUGGACAAGGAAAGUACAAUGAGCGCUGAAGAAGACUACAUGGCUGAUGCCAAAACUAUUGUAAAUGUCCAAACACUAUUUAGGUUGUUUUCAAGUCUAAGCAUUAUCACCGAAUUAACUCACCCAGCCAAUAUGAGAUUCAUGCAGUUCAGAGCCAAAGACUGCUACUCUCUUGCUCUAUCCAAACUGGAAAAGAAAGAGCGAGAGAAAGGUUCUAAUCUUGCAUUUAUGUUUCGACUGCCUUUUGCUGCUGGAAGGGUUUUCAGCAUCAGUAUGUUGGACACACUGCUUUACCAGUCAUUUGUGAAGGAUUAUAUGAUCUCUAUCACAAGACUUCUGCUGGGACUUGAUACCACACCAGGAUCUGGGUUUCUUUGUUCUAUGAAAAUCACAGAAGAUGAUCUCUGGAUUAGGACAUAUGCCAGGUUAUAUCAAAAGCUUUGUUCUUCUUCAGGCGAUAUUCCCAUUGGGAUCUAUAGAACUGAAUCUCAGAAACUUACCACAUCAGAGUCACGAGAAAUGGCUUCACAAUCUCAAAUCUCUAUCAGUGUUGAAGAAUGGGAAGACACCAAGGACACCAAAGAACAAAUGAACUACCGCAGCAAUCAUCGUAACUCCACAUCCAGCGAUCAGUCAGAUCAUCCCUUGUUAAGGCGAAAAAGCAUGCAGUGGGCCCGGAGGCUCAGCAGAAAAGUACCAAAGCACUCUGGCAAAACAGCAGAGAAAAUCAGCCAGCAGCGAAUGAACCUUUACAGGCGGUCUGAAAGACAAGAACUGGCAGAACUUGUCAAAAACAGAAUGAAGCACCUGGGGCUUUCUACUGCAGGAUAUGAUGAAAUGAAUGAUCAUCAGAACACUCUUUCUUACAUCCUGAUCAAUCCUUCCCCAGAUACAAGACUAGAACUGAAUGAUGUUGUUUACUUGAUCCGACCUGAUCCACUGGCCUAUGUUCCAAAUACCGCACCUAGCCGAAAAAAUAGUUUCUGCAAUACAGUGGGACAAGACACCAGGGAAGAAACACAACUUUGAUAUACUAUUGACUACGCUGCUAAGAGACAUUUUUUUAUACAAGUAUAUUGUUUCCAGCAUACUGUAUGCUUUUUGAAAUCUAAUCAAAAUGGAAUGGCUUUAUUUUUUUCAUACCUUCUUGGGAUAAAAAAAUGCUGAUUUUCAAGAAGCAGGCACAAUAUUCAAUAUUGCGAGCAAAUGUACUCUGAACUCCAGCGAUUACCCAAUUUUUCAUCUGUUCAUCAUUUCGAAAACAGAACUCUGUCACAUAUUAAUGAAGCAAUCCUGAAAACCCAUGUUAAAUUUUAACUGAACUAAUAUGAGCAAUGAGUUAAAUGUUUAAGAAAACCUGUCAUCAAGGAUCUUAUUACUAUUCGUAAGUGAUAGUUUUUCUCAAAAAGGAUAGUGAGUCACUGAUUAGGCCUGUGAACCAUAGCUUGAAAGAGUGUUUAUUAUGAAAUAUCAAAUGCCUGUAUAUAUUGAUAGAUACAUGAUGGCAUAUCUAAAAAUUGGAAAUGUUUGCAUUAUGAAGUGACUAAAAGUCUCAAUCAGGAGUCUAUAUCAGAAUCAUAAAAGCCAGAAUUCAGCCUUUAAGAUCAGUUUUCAGUUUCUCCUCUUUGGUCAAUUAUUUGAGAACAGAUUGUUUUUAUAGUCCCAAUAUAUGGUCCUGCAGGAUGUAGCAGAUUAUUAGUUCUGUCGAAUUACUGAUAGAUUAUUUUAUAUGAGACAUAAAGUACAUCUGAUAAGGGAUCUGCUCUAAGGGAUUAUCAGCUCUGGGAAGAUCAGUUGAAUGUUUUAGUUCUUCUGAGCUUCUGCGUCAACACGUGCAAAAAGUGGACAAGUUCUAAGAGCAUUGAUGACAAGAACCCUCUUCCUACAGAGACAGGAAUCAUUUUAGUUCAUAAGACUGUGAAGAAAGCAUUCUAGACAAGUGCAAAGGAAUAAAGGUGUUAUCUACAUGAGUAAGCAGACACGGAAAGAGCUAGGUUAGAUAAUAACACUUUUUAUCUACCUGGACUGUUAACCUGGAAUCUGAAUAGAAUUGUGCUGGUAUUUUUAAAGUCCUGCUAUCAUAUCUCAGAUAACAAAUGCCUCCAUCUCUAUGAAAGUCAUAAGAUCCAAAUAUCCAACUAAGUACAUUUCCCUCAAAAACAUAGUUUUGUGUAUUUUCAAUAUAAAGUUAUUCAGCAUGUUGAAAAUUAAAGAUUUAAAGAUUUAGCAGAAAUGUAAUAUAAAAAAAUCAGCGAAGUAUCACAUUAAAUAGUGGGGGAUACAAGACUAAUUGCACUGUUCAGUUUUAUAUUUAAGACAAGGAAAGUUCUUAACUAAUGUAUAAUUAUUUGAAGGUACUGCAGAAUCUCUAUUUUGCUGAGACUGAUGUACCACAGAAUAUAGAGCCUGUGUUGCAGAAUUUUUGUCAAGCUUCUUAUGAAACAGAGCAGGCUUUGCAUAUGGGCUUCCAAAGUUACAUUUUUGCUUUUGCAUAUCUUACAUAAGAGGGGGCAGGAGGGAAAUGAAUAGUAAAUUGCCUGGGUGUCUUCAAAUGAAGUCUCACCCUCAGUGAUUCAUAUAGAACAAUUUAAAAAAUUAGCCAUGAGGUCAAUUGGCAAUGCUUACAAGUCUGUGAAUACCCUAAACUCUACAUGUAGAAAAAUUGUUAUAUAAUCUAGAAAAACAUGUAAUUAUUUGUUUAGCAUUUUCUAUAUUAUUUGAAACAGGAACUCUAUGGUUGUGUGUGUCCUGAAAAAUAAAAUUGCAAAACUCUGUGUA